UCAGUAUAAUUAUAUACUAACCUGUGGUACUUGUACUCUUACUGUCAUUUCCUCGGGGAUUACUAAAUAUUCUGAUUACAGUUCUCAGGUGUUUCUAAUAAACUGGCCGUGCGUGAUGACGUCUUCUCAGUCGAUCAGCUGCUGGUUAUGGUACACGUGAGUGACGUCACGGUCACGUUCCCCCUCACGGUCUGGUCUAUGAUGUCACAGUCUGUCAAUCCCGCAGAGGGCGGGGUCUCCUAGCGCCGCGAUUGGCGAGCCGGGCGGUGACGUCAGCGGGCGCUGAAGGGGAGGGGUUUAUCCCGGAGAGCGAGUGUCCGCGCGCUCCGUCAGCCGCAUCCUCGUCAUCAGGGACUUGGAGAGCCUCCAUCAUCACCUCGUCUUUCAUCACCUCCAUCACCUCCGCCAGCUCCAUCAUGUCCGGCUCUAAGGAGGACGACCGGAAGGGCUCGAGUGAGUGGCGGGAUUUCUUCUGGAACCCGAGGACGCACGAGCUGCUGGGCCGGACCGCCGCCAGCUGGGGGCUGAUCCUGCUCUUCUACCUGAUCUUCUACCUGUGUCUGGCGGGCAUGUUCGCCUUCACCAUGUAUAUCCUGCUGCUCACGCUCGACGACUACAAGCCCACCUGGCAGGACCAGCUGGCCACUCCAGGGAUGAUGAUUCGCCCAAAGGGAAACCAGCUGGAGAUCACCUUCUCCACCUCAGACACCGAGAGCUGGGACGGCUUCAUCCACAAUCUCAACUCCUUCCUGUCCCCGUACAAUGACAGCUAUCAGGUUCAGACCAACGAUGAAUGCACACCUGACGAGUACUUCAUCCAAGAGGACAGCGGAGAGGUGAGGAACAAUCCCAAACGUUCCUGUCAGUUCAAUCGGACGAUGUUGGAGGAGUGUUCGGGGGUUUUGGAUCGUUUCUAUGGUUACGACAAAGGACAGCCCUGUAUCCUCAUCAAACUGAACCGGGUGAUCGGGAUGUUACCGGGGAAGGAAAGACAGUCUCCUUAUGUCACCUGUGCAGCAAAGAGGUACAGAGUGGGUGAAAAUGAGUGGAGGGAGGACAGCGACAAGAUCGGACCUCUGGCUUAUUAUCCUCCUAAUGGGACCUUCAACCUCAUGUACUACCCGUACUAUGGCAAGAAGGCCCAGGUGAACUACACUCAGCCUCUAGUGGCCGUGAAGUUCCUGAACGCCUCUCUGAACACAGACAUCAACGUGGAGUGUAAAGUGACCUCCAACACGCUCGCCGCCGGCAGUGACAGGGACAAGUUCGCCGGACGCGUCUCCUUCAAACUGCGAAUCAACGACAAAUAGACACACACACUGACACAGACACAGACACACACAAACACACACAAACACGUGAAAGCUGCACUCAUCCAGAUGUUUCCACUUCCUGUCACAGCCUCACACUGACCAGCUGUAUUUUAUAUUUCCAUGUUGUGUUCACUGACCAUGAUGGUGAUGCGUUCACUGACCAGGGUCAUGAUGCAUUUACUGACCAUAAUCAUGAUGCAUUCACUGACCAUGAUGACGAUGCGUUCACUGACCAGGGUCAUGAUGCAUUUACUGACCAUAAUCAUGAUGCAUUCAGUGACCAUGAUGAUGAUGAUGCGUUCACUGACCAGGGUCAUGAUGCAUUUACUGACAAUGGCCAUGAUGCAUUUACUGACCAUGAUCACGAUGCGUUCACUGACUGUUUAAAGUGUCUGUUUCUCACUGGAUUCCCUGGUAGUUGUAAACACACAGUUCCUUUCUCUGAUAGGACCCCUCGGUGCAGCUUUAACUCAGACACACCCACCCUCAAACCAACCAAUCAGCACGCACACAUAGUCUGAUGUCACUGCCACUGGAGGCCAGUGACAGGCCAGUGUUCACCUCCAUGGUGGAUCAGUCUGCAUGAAUCAAAGAGAGAAUUAUUGAUCCCUCAAUGUACACUUUAUUGAUUGUUUAUUUAUUUGUUUGUUUACGAUGUGUUUGUUUACACUGACAUUCUUUAACUAAGUCAGAGAUGAGACAUGUGAACACAGAAACACUCAGACGUCGACCAAUCACAGUAAUUAAUGACCUCAUAGUCAGGUGACUGCCAGUCUGGAGUCAGUUCUCAAUUCUCUGAUAAUGAACCACAUCUUCUACAUCAUUCCCAGUCCAGAAGCCACAAACCCUAACUGGUUUGUCUUAUCGGCCAUGAUAAAUGUCUCCUCGUUUGUUGCCACGGAAACAGCUGAACUCACAGCCAAUCGGAAGCUAGCUUUAGUUUCCAUUCCCGCAGCUUUAGUGUGAUGAUGUCACCUCGUUUCUUCUUGUCCUUUUUGUGUGGCUGCAGCUGAUUGGCUCCUUAGUUAGAAAAUCAAUUAGUGCUCACCUGGGUGAGUUAGGUUAGUUAACGAGGUAGGAAGUCGUUAAUGUUUGCUUUUGUUUGUUAUUUAUUUGUUUGUAUGUGUGUUUCUGUUUCCACCAUGGGACUGAGCAUGACAACACACACACACACACACACAGUCAGUGUCCUCAGCUCCGUCGGGGAAACACCCCCACUUACCUGUACUCCUGUCCACCAAUUGUCUUCCUUUAAAGAAAGGGCCUGGCCAAUCAGAGGUUCCUGCUGUAUGAUGUCAUCUACUGUUACCUGCUUGUAACUGGUUGAUUUCUCCUGCCUGAAAAUGUCCUUGUGUUCAAACAGCGAAUAAAAAAAAGCAAGAAAUUAAACAACAAAAAA